AAUAAUGCUAAUACCCAGCACUUGGGCUCUAAAAUGUAGAGGAAAUGGCAUCUCCUGGCAGUGACAGCUAUAUUGUGCGUGUCAAGGCUGUGGUUAUGACCAGAGAUGACUCCAGCGGGGGAUGGUUCCCACAGGAAGGAGGAGGGAUCAGUCGCGUCGGGGUCUGUAAGGUCAUGCACCCUGAAGGCAAUGGACGAAGCGGCUUUCUCAUCCAUGGUGAACGACAGAAAGACAAACUGGUGGUAUUGGAAUGCUAUGUAAGAAAGGACUUGGUCUACACCAAAGCCAAUCCAACAUUUCAUCAUUGGAAGGUCGAUAAUAGGAAGUUUGGACUUACUUUCCAAAGCCCUGCUGAUGCUCGAGCCUUUGACAGGGGAGUAAGGAAAGCCAUUGAAGACCUUAUAGAAGGCUCAACCACAUCAUCUUCCACCAUCCAUAAUGAAGCCGAGCUUGGUGACGAUGACGUUUUUACAACAGCUACAGACAGUUCUUCUAACUCCUCUCAGAAGAGGGAACAACCUACUCGGACAAUCUCCUCUCCUACAUCAUGUGAGCACCGGAGAAUCUACACCCUGGGCCACCUCCAUGACCCAUACCCCACGGACCACUAUCACCUCGAACAGCCGAUGCCAAGGCCCUACCGCCAGGUGAGCUUCCCGGAUGACGAUGAGGAGAUCGUGCGCAUCAACCCCAGGGAGAAAAUCUGGAUGACAGGAUAUGAGGACUACCGGCACGCCCCGGUUAGGGGCAAGUACCUCGACGCCUCAGAGGAUGCGGACUCCUACGUGCGCUUUGCCAAAGGCGAGGUGCCCAAACACGACUAUAACUACCCCUACGUGGACUCCUCGGACUAUGGCCUCGGUGAGGACCCCAAGGGCCGCGGGGGCAGUGUGGUCAAGACACAGCCCUCCCGGGGCAAGUCCCGGCGGCGGAAGGAGGACGGGGAGCGCUCCCGAUGCGUGUACUGCAGGGACAUGUUCAACCACGAGGAGAACCGGAGGGGCCGCUGUCAGGACGCUCCCGACUCCGUGAGAACUUGCAUCCGCCGGAUGAGCUGUAUGUGGUGUGCGGACAGCAUGCUCUAUCACUGUAUGUCGGACCCCGAGGGAGAUUAUACAGACCCUUGCUCGUGCGAUACUAGCGACGAGAAGUUUUGCCUCCGGUGGAUGGCUCUUAUUGCCUUGUCUUUCUUGGCCCCCUGUAUGUGCUGUUACCUGCCCCUUCGGGCCUGCUACCACUGUGGAGUGAUGUGCAGGUGCUGUGGCGGGAAGCACAAAGCGGCGGUAUGACUCUGUUUCCUUCCUUUCCCCUCCUCCAUCCACAGUCACAAGAGAACUUCUCUUCCUUACUCUUCCCUUCUCCCUUCCAUUCAAAGGAGCAAAGAGAGCAAGAGGCCUCCGAGCUCCCUGGUACCUUGAGGCACCAUUCCAGCCUGGGGAACCUGUCUGGUGGACUCUCCACUCGACCCCAGCCAUCCAUACUGCAUCAGUCACAUACCCAUGCACACAUGCAGGCACAGUGUUCUAAGGAAAGGAACCUUCCACAUAGACUCAUGUAUUAACAACAAUCUGUAAUCAAGCUAAAUGUCUUAUAACUGUGUUUAUUUCCUGUCUUUCCUCCCCACCUCUUCCAGUUCAAAGGAGUUGGCAGUCCGAACUGCUGAUUUUUGGUGGGUUUUGUAGUGGAUUUUUCAAAGAACAUAGCAAGACUCCUUCUCUUGGUUCAGCUUGCCUGUUCCUAGCAAGCCUCGAUUCCUGUGGAAAAUGUGAUGUCAGAAUGAUGAAACCCUAC